UGGGCAUGGAGCAUAGAGAAAGUGGGUUUAGGGUUAUAUUUUCUGUACGUAUUGCUCUGUGGGUUACAUUUUUUGCAUUGUUUUUGCAUUGCAUGUAAUGUAAAUAAUGUUUUACCGAAUAAUCUCCGUGUGUUCUCCACUCCUCGUGACAUUGGCAAAGUAAUGUGUCUAAAUAACAUAGCUAAAAGGCAUAAAACGAAGAAUUCAAUUGAAUAAUGUUUUGAAGUGAUUGAAUUAGCGUAGGCAAAAAAAAUAUGCCUCGAGAAAAGAGUAGACAUCGAGAUAAAAGAAGUUCUUCUUAUAGUUCGGAAUCAUCGCACGAUCGAAAAAAGUCUAAGAGUAAACAUAAACGGCGUUCUCGCUCUAAAGAUCGAUUGGAAUCCAGCAGUCAGAGGCGAAAACGGUCAAGUUCACGUACCAAAUACAAGCGGAGGAGUUAUUCCAGGAGUGUUUCGAGAGAACGAUAUGAGAGCAAGAGUAGGCGCCGGUCGUCCUCACGUUCACGAUCUAAGAGGUCGAAACACUCACGAGGUCAUUCACGUUCGAGAUCUAAUUCUAGAAGCCGCUCGACGUACAGUAAGAAUAAGAAAAGUAGGAGACGAUCACAGUCUUCUAGUAGUAGAUCCAGUUCAUUUGACAUAGAACCACGUAAAUUUAAUUUAGAUGACACAGAAAAAAAGGUCGAGAAAGCAAUUAAAGCCGCAGAAGCAGCAGGAUUGACGAUGACUAAAAUACCUACUUAUGAGUACAAAGAAGUGGAGAUCAAAGAAGAUAUGCCGACAAUACAUGACAGGAACUUGCUAGCAGAGUUGAACAGUGACUCUUUUGUUCAGAAAUCAUUUACAUCAUCAAAAAGCAAAAGGCAAACCCAGAACAUUGUAAUAGAUUUGAAUGCUGAGUCAGUUAAGGUUAUAGAGCCGGAGUUUAAAGAAAAAGUUGAUGAUUCAAUUUUAAAUUUUGAUGAAAUACCAAGUCAAGAAGAGAGGAAGGAAAUGUGGAUAAAGAAACUAUAUCAGUACAGAAAGAAAAUGCUCCGAGAAGAAAUGCAGUAACAUUUAAAUGAGAACCUGAGAACAACCGCUUUUUGAAUAUUGUAAUAUGAAUUUAAACAUUAUAACAUCCAUUUUUAUCGUGUUAUACUAUGUAAAUAUUCUAAAAUUCGUUUAGCAUUGCAAUUGGCUAAUAGGUUUAUAUUCUAAAUAAAAGAUAAGCGUAA